GAUGGCUGGAAGGACCAUCUUUCAUCGCCUUACCAAUGGAGCAAUGGCCGAAGGAUUUGCCUUGGGUGGCAGUAGCAGCAGAGAAAAGAACUGCCCACAUCCACCACGCAAUUUCUGAGCCCCCUCUUCAAGAUUGGACAAAGGUGAUCAUCGAUUCGAAGAACAUCUCAACAUUCCUGAAGGUGGAAGGAGAUGCCAAGGAGAUUAUUUUAAAGUGCCAAAAGGAAGGAUUCCGUGAAGAAAUCAGUUUAUUGUCAAAGGGCAAGCAAAUCUCAAAGAAGUCAAGCCUCAUUCAAUUAACUCCUUUCUUAGACAAAAAUGGAAUUCUCCGACUGGGUGGACGGAUCCACCGCGCAAAGCUACCAUAUGAGAUUCUACACCCUCCAAUUCUGCCCGGAAAGCACCCACUUGCAGAAAAGAUAGUGACAGCAGUGCAUCAAGAGUCGCAUCACGCAGGCACUGACUUUCUCCAUGCCAAAAUUCGGCAACAUUUUUGGAUCCUGCAAGGACGAGAGCUGGCAAAGAAGAUCCGCUUCAACUGUGCCGUCUGUGUGAAAUCGCGUGCCAAACUCGCCACGCAAAAGAUGGGUGAUUUGCCAUCUGCUCGUCUCGAUUCUUACACGGCACCAUUCACGCACAUAGCUCUGGAUUAUUUCGGACCGAUCGAAACGUCAGCUUACAGGAACCGAGUAAUCAAACGGUAUGGCCUGUUAAUCACCUGUCUCGUCACCCGCAAUGUUUAUGUAGAAAUGGUGCAGUCAAUGUCAACACCAGAUUUUCUCUACGGUCUACGGCGUUUCAUCGGAGAAUUCACGAAGCCAACUGAAAUCUUCUGUGAUAACGGGACAAACUUUGUGGGAGCUGAGAAGGAGCUGGCCACAGCAUUUCGUGAGUUGCAAAAGGACGAAAAGUUGAAGGAGUUUGCGCGAGAGCGCUCAAUCAUCUGGAAAUUCCAGCCACCUAGUGCUCCGCAUUUCGGCGGAUCACACGAAUCAAUGGUCAAAUCAACAAAGAGGGCGCUCUACCGGGCGCUGGAUACGGAAAAAGCCGGAUUGCGCUACCCGACGGACGAAAUGCUCAGAACGCUACUGAAGGAAGUGGCGGGCAUGCUGAACGGGAGACCUCUGACGCUGGCCAGCAACGACCCAGAAGACUUCAGACCGAUCACACCAAAGGAUUUCUUGAAUCUGCCACCAACGUCGGAUCUUCCGGCCGGAGACAUCCGUCGCGCUCUGCCCCGCGACCAUAUUCGUUACGUGAAGAAGAUGGCCAAUUUAUUUUGGGACCUGUGGACCAAGAUUUUCCUCCCGACGCUGGUUCCAAGAAGGAAGUGGGUCGCGGAAGAAAGAAAUUUUGAAGUUGGAGAUUCGAUCAUGCUAUCGGACAACAAUUUGCUGCCAAAUCAGUGGAAGACGGGCCGAAUCAUCGAAGUUUAUCCCGGUUCCGACGGCUUUGUUCGAGUCGUAAAAGUGAAAACGGACUGCGGAGAAUAUUUGAGACCAAUCCAUCGUCUAGUUCUACUGGAACCUUACUCGGCCGUCCUUCCGUCGGCCUCGGGGGAGAAUGUUCCAGAGAAAAAGAAGGCUUAAUUUAAAUGUAUAUUUUAAUUCAUGUCCCCAUCUUAUUUUUAUUCUGAAGUAUCGAUUAAUUUAAGUAAGCCGCCAGGUGGGCCACUUGUCGUGCAGUAGAAAACAGCUGAUGUCUCAAUUAAGUGUCUUGGCCGAAACAGAAAGUCGCCAUUGUUCAUUUUCAUGGCGUGUAUAGCCACUGAUAACUCGUUUCUUACUGUGCUUUAUUGAUGAGAAUUCUCAUCUUGUGACUCCCUAUUUCUUAUCUGAUUCUCUGAGAUUAGGCUGGAUUAGGCCCUAGAUUUGAUUUCGUGUCAUUUGUGUCUACGAUUGCCUUAUUAACCGGCUCCUAAUU